AUGUUGCUUAUCCAAGAAAAGGGCGUGGACGAACCAACCGGGGGACGGAACGCGGCGGGAAUUUCACGGGGACGUGUUUGUGCGCAUCUAUCGACGUGCCGUGGAUGGGCGAAGCUUGUUAUAUCGCAAGAUUGGUUCGAUUCCUUCGUCGUAGGGAUCAUCCUGGUGAACUGCGUGUUCCUCGGUCUCGAUGACCCGACGGCGGAGCUGGUUGCCGACACAGUGUUUACGGCCUUGUUCACGUUGGAGAUGUCCCUCAAACUGGCGGCAUUGGGCCUCCAGUACUUCAUGGAUGCGUGGAAUUGGCUUGACGCUAUCGUCGUGGCAGAGGUGGGGCGAAUGCCUCGAGUGCAGGGGGAAACAUGCGAAGACUACGGUAGCAGCCCUUACUCGGGCAUGGUGAACUUCGACAAUCUCUUGUGGUCUUUACUUACCCUCUUCACUGUCACCACUCUGGAGGGGUGGCAUGAGGUGAUGAUGUUCACGCAGCGGGUCAUGUCGGAGUACACCAUCUGGUUCUUCGUGUUUCUUAUUGUCACCGCGACGUGGGCAAUCAUGAGUCUCAUGAUUGCUGCGAUGCUGGCGAGGUUCAAGGCGGUUAGCUUGGCUGAGGGCCUCCGCCUGAUGCGGGAAAGAGCCGAGGUGGAGGCACGCGGCAGGGCGAAGAAAGGGAAAAGAAUGCUAGGCUCCGCCGCCGAGGGGGUGAAGGGGGUUGUAACGAAGGGUGGUGCGGAGAUUGGAGGCGCUAUCGCAAGGGGUGGGGGGGUGAUUGCCAGAGGUGGUGUGGACAUUUUGGCAGCGGGACCGAAUCUCGCGGCCGGUCUUAUCACCUCGCACGCUGAGGCAAUCCAUUGGGCAAUACUUCUGAACGUGGUCGUUAUUGGGAUGGGCGGUCACAACAUCGGUGACAAGAAGGCCGCCGUGCUCCACGACAUGGAGACUGCGCUUACGAUAAUCUUUACGGUCGAGGUCGUGUUGAAGAACGUAGUCCUGGGAGCUAGGAGGUGGAAUCGGUUCGACUUCUUUGUUUCCAUGUCGUCCCUUCUUCAUCUCAUCAUGACGACGCUGGUGGACGACCUGGUGGUCACAGUCGUCGGUGUCGUGAUCAAGUCGGCCCGCGACCUGUGGCCGGUGGUGGCUCUGAUGCUCCUCAUGUGCUUCGUUUUCACGGUGCUGGGGAUGCAGCUGUUUGGGGCCACUCUCGAUCCCGGCCUAGAGGAGUUCGCGGCCCACUCGUAUGCACACAAGACUCGAUUCGACACCUUCUUCUGGUCGUUUGUGCAGUCGGUGUUGCUCAAUCUUGUUCUUGCGGUUGUCCUGGAGGGAGCGAGCGACCACAUGAAGGAGAAGCACGCCGCGCAGCAGUUUCGCGACAACACCCUCAGACUCUUCCAUAACCAGUACAAGCGUCUCGCGAUGCGACGGUGGAGCGCGAAAACCCGGGCCGAGGCCAUGCUAGAGCGAGGCCAAGUACUGGUUCUCCCAGGAAACAGAGCGGAGAAACUCGGCCUCGAGGACUUCCCCAAACCAACACCGUAUCGACCCGGCCGCCCCUCGUCUUCUUCUUCUUCUUCUUCUUCUUCGUCUUCCGCUGUUGUCGAUGUCGCCGGGUUCCCCGCUUCCGACACCUCUGCAUCGCCCCGCAACGGGGGUCUGGUUCUGUCGCGCCAGGAAGGUCAUGCUCUGCGCGCCCCUCCGCCGCCGAGUGUAAGAUCUUCUUCGCUUUCCUUGCGACAUCCGUUACCACCAACACCGUCGUCGUGUUUACUUCCUUUACCCCAAUCGCACCACCAAACCGAUGUGGGCGCGUCCGCCCAAGCGCCGCUUCAGGAGGCUGCUACCGCAGCCCAUGCUGCCGCCGCCCAGGAGGGAGCGGCGGACAUUAGUGGCACUCGUCACGGCGUCAGUGACGGUGACCAAAGCGACGAUAACCGAUUGGUUCGCCGUGAUACUUCGUCCCCAAAGGCAGAGGCCGAUAGACAUGUGACAUCACCAGACCAAUUCGACAGGCAGAUGACCCCGCCGGCCGAAUUCGACAGAGUUUGGGACACCGGUUGGCAACGGGAGCGGAGGAAGAAGAGUCCCCGCGGCCGUACAGGAUGCGAACCUCGCCGCCAAGGCAAGAGCGUGAGACGGGGGCAGGAGAAAGGGAUGUCGGCAGGACGAGAGGAUUCCGCGGCUCAUUCUGCUGCCAGCGUCAGCGAAGGGCGCCCGCUAUCGGCAACAAGUGAGGAGGCUAUGGAAGACGGGCGACGCCUUGAACCUACCGCGACUGAGGAAUUGGUGACCCCACCAGAGGAAGUCGACAAAGUUUGGGGAAAGAGUUGGCAGCGACAGUACAAGGGUAAGAAGAGCACCGGUCGUCGGCCCAGUGUCCCGUCGAGUGUCGAAGAAGACGAUGGGCACGGGGCCCAGAGCACGAAUGCAGCGGGGGAGAAAGUUGUUGGUUCUCCUGUUGAUGAGGAAGGAAGCCGGCUGUUGGUGGCUGGUGAGGCUCUCGAGCACGACGAACGCCGGAAACGUAAGUCUGCCGAGACGUUGAUGACCCCACAAGAUGAAUUCGACAGGGUCUGGGGAAGACGUUGGGAGAGUCAAUACAAGGGUAAGAAGAGCAUCGGCCGUCGGCCCGGUGCACCGCCGAGUGGAGCAGAAGACAACGGGCACGGGGCCCAGAACAUUGAACAAGAGGUUCCUAUAGAGGGGGGCGGUGUUGGUCGUCCCCCUGUUGGCGAGGAAAGGAACCGGCUGUUGGUGGCAGGUGAGGCUCUCGUGCACGAUGAACGCCCGGAGCGUACGAAUGCCGAGAAGUUGAUGACCCCGCCGGACGGGUUUGACAGUACUUGGCAGAAGAACUGGCUAAGACAAACGGCUAGAAGAAGCUAUCGCGAUCGGCGCCGUGUCUCGCCUUCCAGCCAAGGCAAAAGAGUGCUCGAAGGACGGGAAACGGAACGCCAAGCGAGAGGGGAACACUUCGUUUGGUCUCCUGCUAGCGAGAAUGGAGAGCGCCCUCGAGAGGCUACACGAGAUGGUCGUGAAGAGGAGGGAGCCACCGGUUGCGAGAACAAUGUUCGUGACGGGGCCAUCGAGAAGCUUCCGAAGGCCUUGUACGGGAUGUUCAGCGAGAUGAUGAUAAAGAAGGAGACGCCCAAAUGGUGGAAUGUUUUCGAUCGCAUCUUCGGCGCCCGCGUCGACAGGGCCACCUGGACCCGGUGCGUGUUGUCGCUGUACGAGACAGAGGAUCUGUCUAGCGUGGCCGGAGUGUUGGACACGGUUUGCCUGGCGGCCUUUUGCGCGGAGCUCUGCCUCCGCGCUGGCGUGUACAGUUGGUGGGCAGGCCCCGACGCCGUCCUCAGGAACCCCUGGGUGCUCUUCGACGUGUACCUCGUCGUGUCUCACGGUGCUUGCACUUUCGCUACGGAAAUGUCGGAGGCCCUGGUGCAUUCAUUGAGGAGCUGUGGCACGUUGCUGGUGCUGAUUGCAACCCUCCUGCUAGGCUAUAGCAUGGUCGGCGUGGAAGUCUUCGGAGGGUUGUUUUACUCAUGCAGGCGCACCCUCUUACUAUCGUCUCUUCCCCCCGUGUAUUGGGCCAUCAGCGAUCCUGAGUUCCCACCCAAAAUGUCUCGCUAUGGAGAAUACGACGCGGACAACAACGUGUGGGUAAGUGCACCGUGCAGUGGGGACUGGGUGAACCCGGCGACCGGCCUGCCGGAGACGAGGGACUUCGAGUGGGAGAACUACGUGUAUCACUUCGAUUCUAUCGGACCAGCGAUCCUGUCGGCGAUGAUUGUCACCACCCUCGACGGCUGGGUAGAAAUUUACCACCACGCAAUGGACGCUUACAUGGUUGACCACCAGCCAUCGGAAAACUACAACCCGCAAGCCUUCUGGUAUUUCUUUGGUGGGAUACUUGUCUUUGGCUUCUACAUUACAAAUCUCUUCGUCGGGGUGAUGUUCGAGGCCUUUCUGUCCUUCAAGAACAUGGACAGCAUGGGGAACCUCAUAUCUCAGGCGGAACGACGAUGGCGGGACUACGAGAAACGCUUAAGUCAGCGAUUGGUCCUGGCCGACAAUUUCAGCAAUUUCAUCGUGACGGUGCUCGUCGUGAACACCGUCGUCCUCGCCGUCGAUCAUGUGGACGCGCCGGAUUGGCAACUGACUGCCCAAGACAUCUUCAACCACACCUUCGCCUCGAUCUUCGUGGUGGAAACGUGUCUGAUGCUGUACGGCCUCGGAUUCCGGUGCUACUUCUCCACGGGACGGCAGAUAUUCGAAUUCGUCGUUACCAUGGCCUCCCUGAUCGACCUCGUUAUGGACCUCAGCGGUGCCUGUUCGGGUGACAUCGUCAUCCUCACCCUGGUUCGGUCCCUGCGAGUGGUGCGAGUCAUUCGACUGGCGACACAUAUUCCGGGCUUCGACCAAAUCUUGGCGGCAUGCACGUACCCCGCGCGCGUGCUGCUCAACGUUUUCGUGCUGCUGGGGAUCGGAGUGUACGUCUUCGCCAACAUGGGGGUGGCUCUGUUCUCGGAUGUCGAGAUAGAGGACUUUUCGUCAGUUUGGCAUGCUAUGGAGCUACUGUUUAUUGUGGCUACGGGAGAGGCAUGGGCGGAGUACGCUUCGAAAGUGGCCGAGAAAGCGGAUCAGCCAGACGCUGUGGUCUUUGGGUUCUUCGUCACGUUUGUCGUCAUCAUGCAGUUCAUCCUGACUAACCUUUUCAUCAUGGUGAUCGUCGAAACGUUCGAGGACCUUGAGGACGCGAUACCGUGUUUCCAGGAGACAUGGACAAAAAUUGACCCGAAAGGCAGCGGGAAACUCCCACCUAAGCACCUCUUCACGUACCACCCACUCAAUUUACAUGUUCCGGCAUUCCAGAUCUUAGCGGGGCUCGGCGCCGCCCUGCUCUCCGACGAGAACCACGCGCACCCAAAGACCGGCGGCUACCGGCCCGUCAACCUGAAGAAGAUCAUGGCCACCCUCGUGGUGCAGAGAGCCCUCAAGCGCAACAUGAUGCAGAAACGAGGGAAGUUCAACCUCGCCGACAUUGUUCUCGCGGCUGAGGACCGGGCGGGGACCCGUCGCGCGUCGAGAACCAAUCAAAAACUGCUCGAUAGUGACGGAAUACACGACUACCUGGGUGAAGCCCGGCGAUUGUCGUCAACGGCGCAAUUGUCAACCACAGGACAGGGAGGUCUCGAAGGGUACCAGAAGCAGGGGGCGUUGGCAAGGGGGAGAGACGGGUCGAUCGUCCUCCCGCCGGAUGCAGACGAAAGCAAGUGGCUCAUGCAGCGGUUCUUGAAGGACUUGCAGCGGAACAACGACAGAAACGGGCAAGAGGAUUUCACGUUGAGGAAUCGUGGAGGUUCUUCGUCUGUUGCCGGUGCGGUUCAAGAUGACGGUGAUGAAGCACGAGCGACUGUUGCUAGAGGGAUGGCUCUGCACCUGCUUGGCCCGCGCCGUGGAAGCGGGUCUUCUGAGGCGAAAACGGAGAUUCAAUCUCCCGUCGCAAGAGACCCGCAAACAAAACCGGGCGGUUUCGAUGCCGUUGGCCACUACUGUCUGGAAGACGGAACUCGCAAUGUGGAACGGAGAACCGGCGGGUUGGGAGAGGAAUAG